AUGCCGACAGACGAGGCGUACCGUGGCGUCGACAUGGUUCCUAGCCCGCAACAGUGGCUUUUGACACAGGAUCUGCGUGGCGUUGCGUCGCAGCCAGAAACGUAUGCGCACCACAAAGGUAUAAGAGCUGCCAUUCAUAGGGCCGAUGAUCGAGAAAAGUCACGCACUUCCUCACCGCCUUUCCUCUCCCUCCCUGAAUCUCGACCAAACCUCCAGAACUUUGCCAUGAAGCUGUACUCGAUGGACAGCAAGAAUUGCAUUGGCGCUCGCAUGGUUUCCGUGCUGGUGCUGUGCAUGGCUGCUUUCGCCAGCCUGGCUUCAGCCCUGCGCAGCGACGGGCCCCUGCGGCUCGACCGGCGUCAAGCGCCCAACCAAAUGUCGAUCACCUACCCCACCGCCCAAACGGGCUCGUUCAACAUGACGACGUUCACCAUUCCCAUCCCUCUCGGCGACGCUUACUCGCUGGCUUCUCCGUACAAUCUUAUUCUCAAUCAUGGUCUUCCCGGAUCCGUCAUCCCCACGGGCACCUUUCCGCUCCAGAUCGUCGUUGGGUACUUUUACGAUAUCCGGCAGCGAGUGGUGCUGGGUCUGCUGCCGCUGCAGGUGCAGCAGCUGUCGGUGGUCGAAGUCUACCUUCCAUUUAUCGACGUGCUGGGCACGGGUAAGCCGUUCCGACGCAGCGUGUCCACGUAUAUGGACCAGCUCAUCCCCGCGCUCGUCGGUGGACUCUCGCAGCUCCACAAUACGCAGCUGGCGUACUUUGACCCGCCUCACGCAGCGUACAAGGCGGCAGGUGGAUCCACACUCUCAUUCCAAGCCGGCCAAGGACUCGUGAACAGUAUUGAUGGACCGGGCUUGGUGUCGCCUGUGGUGCAAACGGUGUUUGAACGCACGACGAGCUCGCCCAUCUCGGCAGCGGCGUUCCGCGCGAUGCUCGAUCAGCCUUACUACACCACCGCCGGCUCAGGGUGUAACACAGCCACGCUCUACUACAACUACUCGAACGCCAACCCGAGCUUCGUGCGCGGCGAAGUGCAGACGUACGCACCCAUCACCUCCACCAAUACCGACUACCAGGACGCCGUUGGAUACACUGCUGCCACUCAAUGGGUCUCGCCUUCGAACCUGGCGGCAUGCAGCUCGUUUGCGUGA